AUGUCCAGUAUUCCGCAGCUCGGCUUCUGGGAGAAGGCAGACCUACCUUUCGCACAUCUGUCAAUCUUUGCCAGUGUUCUAUACCAUGCUAUCACCGGUGUUUUCCGGGGUAAGGCCAGCCCUAAGCGCUACGACCACCACAUCAUGGCAGCCAUGAUCCGCAAGCUGGUUGACCGUACAUCCGAUCGUCAGAAGCAGUACCUCAACGCCCCAACUUCAGACACCUAUACAGCAGUCAUGAAGAAGCGCGGUCUCCAACCAGAGACAGUCGCCCUCCCCCACGGGGCAGAAGGCCACUGGCUGGGCAACAAGAACGCCAAGAAUGUCAUCGUAUACUAUCACGGUGGCGGAUUCGCCAUGCCCGCCGUACCGGCACACUUCGAAUUCUGGCUCGAAAUGCUGCGCGCACUCAACGAAAACGGCCACGACCUAGCAGUCUUCUUCCUGCACUACACACUAACAGGAACCGGCAAAUACCCAACCCAGCUACGCCAAGCAAUCGAAGCGCUCCGAUACAUCCUCAACACAACAAACCGAUCCCCCUCAAAUGUAAUCGUAGGCGGCGAUUCCGCAGGCGGGAAUCUAGCCACGGCAACCCUUUUGCACCUGUCACACCCACACCCGGAAAUCGAGCCAUUGGCUGUAUCCGCGCCGUUGGCGGGCGUGUUUGCUUACGCGCCUUGGGUUAACUUUAGUACUGAUUGGCCGUCCUUCAAGGAUAAUCAGUGGCGGGAUAUACUGACGGCUGAUGUGCUUACUACUUGGUCUGAUGCGUAUCGCGGGGGUAAGCCUGCUGAUCAGUGGAAUGAGCCUUUUACUGCGCCUGUUGAAUUGUGGCGGGAUGCUAAGACGGAGAAGAUUUUGAUUCUUGUUGGUGGGUGUGAGAUUUUGCUUUCGCCUAUCGAGGCUUUUGCGAAGAAGAUUAAGUCCGUCUUCCCUGAGACUGUUUAUUAUGUUGGUGUUGAUGAGACGCAUGAUGCGCCGUUCUUCUUGUCUACCAAGGAAGAGACGCAGACAGGGUCAGAGCUUCGCCAGUGGCUGGCUGCUCGUCUGUGA